AUGGGCAAGAAAAUACAGGAGCCUUCCUCUUCACGUUUCAUACAGAUAAAACCUCUGUCUCUGCCCCCCUCAGCUGAAGUUGCUUCCGCCUCUGAACCACCAAACCCACCGGCUGAAUCACUAGACCCUGUGAUCUUUAGGGAAGGCUCGCAGAUUCAGGAGGCAAUGAAGCGUGGAAACUACUUCAAGGCCUUCCAGAUGGUCAAGAAAUCAGUUUGUUGUCACCAAGACUCGCCUCACUUUUUCAACCUUAUUGCUGUAGCUCUCCAGUUUCUUGCUAAAACAGCGGCCAAAGAUUCAAAGGAAAUGGUCGAUUACUUAGAUAAGGCAUAUCAGUCGGUUCAAUUCGCCGUGAUGUCGAUGCCGCAUUCCAUCCAUUUUGCUUCGUGUGAAGUUGCUAUUCUCUAUCUAAAAGCUUUGUUCAAUGCUAAAUAUUGGGCCAAAGCGAUUCAAAUUUGCAACAGCGCUUUAAAUUUAAAGAUUGAGAAUUUAACCGAUCCGGGAGUGGAUAAGUUUCUUCAGGAGAAUGAAAUGGGGAAUUCGAGUAAAGAACUGAGAAUUGAGAAUGAGAGGAGGAUGAUUAGUCAGUAUUUACAUCUUUGUAAGGAUGAGAAGAAGCUUACGGGUAUGAAGGUUCAAGUGGAAAAGGCUAAUAAGAAGAUUGUAGAAAAUGCAGAUGGUACAUUACAGGAGAUGGUGACAGAACUAGAGAGGAUCAGGAAGAAGCUCGAAGCAGUCAUAGAAAAUUGGCGCACUUUUAAGCAGAUAAAGACUCAAUAUGGUAUGGAGAAGUACUAUGAUGGUAAUGAAGAAAAGAAAGAGAAAUAUAAGUCAUUUUGGGGAGCAUUGAGUGAAGUGAAGAAAACGGAUUUCUGUAAAGUGAGUAUCAAAGACCUUGAAAGGCAUUCAAAGUCGAUAAAUUGUCAUUUGGCGGGGAAUGUUUUCAGGGAAGCUAUUGAAUUUGCAAAGGAGCACAAAACCUGGAAAUGCUGGGAGUGUUGUGAUUGUGACAAGAAAUUUGGUGAUUUGGAGUUGUAUAGGAAGCAUUUCAGGGAGUUGCAUUUGAAGAAUCUUGAUGGUAUUAAACUGCAAUCUUGGAUUUCCUGUGAAGUGAUUGAGUUGAUUGAGAAUAGGGAGUGGAAGCCUUUAGAUGCUAAAUGGGGGAUAAUGACUAUUAUGAAUAAGAUUAAAUCUGAAUCUUUUAGUUCUUCUGAUAUCUGCCUGUUUGAUGAGAAUAGCUUAAAUGACAGUGAAAGUUCUUCUAUUGAAGAGACAGUGCAGGAUUUUGUUUACAUUACAAUUGAUGAGAAUGAAUCAUCUAGCACAUCCGAGGAACAUCAGAAAUGGCAAUUUGAUGACGAUACAUGUGCAGCGAUUCUCAAUAGUGUUCAGUGGAUGUUUCACUUGCUUCUCGAGAAGGAAUGUCUUGCACCAACAUUUCUUCAUUGGGCAAUACAAUAUACGGUUGAAAAGUUUGAGGAUCUACUUCCAUUUUCUCGGUGUCUUGAGUUGGAAUCCAUUAUGAUCAUCUGCCUUUUGGGAGCUGUAGAGCUGAGACAGGUUCAUGAAUUCUUGAAGGAUCUAGCAGAAACUUGUGGUUUAAUGGAAUAUCAAGAGACAGGUAGCACUACAGAUGAUAAACUUUUAAUUAUAAAUCCUGAAUUGGUUAUUUUUGAUACAGUGUUUGAUUUCAAACAGAGGGUUGAAAUUAGUGAUGACUUAACAAGUCUCCUUUUGGAUGUGAGAUUCUUGGCAGAAGAGCUUAAUCUUACUAAUGAUUUUGAAGAUGUUGUAGAUAAUAAUUCUGCAGUAACUUUUGAUGCCAUUGUAUGUGAAAACGAGAUUGUUCCUGAAAGUGUUGACUUUGUAUCAUGGUUAUAUGAAGGCCCAACAAUCCAGUUUGUUAUGAAGUCUCGGAGCAGUCUGAAAGAUUCUCAAAGACUGAAAGCAAAGGAAUUCUUUCAGAUAUUUCUCAAAGAAUAUUCACAAGUAGAGAGACUAUGCGAGUCUGAUUUUAACCGCGUGCAUAGAAUCACAUUGGAAGCAAUUCAGGCAGUUGAGAGUAUAUUUCCAAAAGAGAUUGAGAAGGGGGAUAAAAGUAUGGCACAGUCUUAUGUCAGACUAUUGAGGAAGAGGCAAAAGGAACUUGAAUCUAAUGAUGACAUUUCUAGUCAAUUGCAGAAAGCUAUAAUUUACGAAGUUAUAUCAGAUAUUCUGAAUCGAGCACGUGCAGUUAAAAGACUAGCAGCUUCAUGGAAUAAGACUGGAUUUCAAAGUUUCGCUGAAGAAGAUGAAUUGAAAAUGCUUGAACACUUUGAGACUGCUGAAAUUUUUGCAAGAUCAACAUUGCAGAAGAUUAGACUUAGGUCGUUGAAAGAACAAGCCUUUGUUGAUGCAAUAAUCUUCCGGGCUAUUGGUGCCAUUAAACAACAUGAAUCGAAACUUGAGAUGAUGUCUUCAUAUGACUAUAGGUCAAUGAUUCUUCCUUUGUUGAAGUCUUUUUUGCAGACAAAUCUGGAAGAUCUGUUUGACAAGGAUGUGGCGGCAAAGUAUGAUGCCACAGCCGAAGCUCUAGUAGAAAAAAUUGAUGACAGGAAAAAAUUUGGCAAAGUUUGUGAUAAUGCAGUUGACUGUAUUGAGACCUUUCAGCUCCAUCAGAAUGAUGCUGAAAAAGAAGACACUCCAAAAUUUGAGAUUGGUGUUUCUGCAAGUGCUGAAGACAUGAGAGAAUGGACUGUGAUCGAGGAAAAACAGCUUGAAGAACAGUUGGAGAAGCAGAGGAUUUUUGAGAAUGAGUGUGCAGAGAAAAGAUCUCAAGCUGAUGCUGAAAAAGUAGUAGGCCUAAACCUUGAAGUUUCAGAUUCUUCUGAAAAACGAGUAGAAAUGACCAAGAAUAAGAUUAGGAGGAAGAAGAAAAAUUUCAGAAAGGACUGGAAAUCCAAGGUCCUAACUCCUCCUGCUUCUGGCAGGAAGUUCUAG